AUGAAGGAAGGAAAAGUUCAACCACAAAAAUCUCUUCCAAUACGCAUUUAUGAACUUUGGCCAAAUUUCAAGGCAUGGUGCGCAGCUGGUGAUCCACCACCACAAACACAAGUCAAAUCAUUAUAUUUAAUGGUAUUCUUACUUGUUUUCGGUAUAACGACAGGCACAAUCUGGAUUCUUUCAACAUUCUUCAAUUAUUUCCAAGGUUCUAUUGAGCAUACAUGGAUUUUCCUCUUCGCUUCUUUUAUAACUUUACUCCCAGGAGUUUACGCAUUAGACAUAUCAUACCAUUGCUGGAGACGCCACAGAGGCUACGAUUGGUGGAUUAUUCCACAUUUUGAGUAA